AUCCCUCCUUCAUUUCCACUCAAAGCAAAUUCAUCUAAUCACUCUCGAGUCACACCACUCUUUUUUAGCUUAAGCUCAUAGACAGUUAAGGAAACUACGUUUUUACAAAGAUGGAGGGCUUGCAAUCUUGGUUUUCUGAACACAAACUCAGUAGCAUUGGGACACUUUGGGCUACAGCUGUUGGUGCUUCACUAGCUUAUUCAAGGGCCAGAACGCCACUCAAACCAAGUCUUAGGCUCAUUCAUGCUAGGAUGCAUGCACAAGCCUUAACAUUAGCAGUGUUAUCGGGUGCAGCAGUCUAUCAUUACUAUGACAAAAAUAGUAACGACCAACUCCACAAGUAAAAUGCUCUGCAAAUGCCACUACCAUGGGCCAUGGCUACAUAAAAUAAUCAUGCAAGCAAGCAGUUUUAUAUGCUUCAGUUAAAAGGAUGUAACUCUUUACUACUAAUAUCUUCUGGGACAAAUGUAGAAUUUUCCUAGAGUACUCAGUGCCAAAUUUAUAUGGGAAAAUUGGCACUUGUCUUCUGUUUGGUUAAAAAAUGUAAUCUGUAUUUACCGGAGGCUUGCUCACACAUGAAAUGAAUGUAUGCUUCGCUUUCGA